GCGGCACGGGAUUUCCGUUCCGGGGAGUCGAGUUGCUGGCGGUGCGCUGCGUCAUGGCUUCCGAGUCCGAGCUGGCGUGUAUCUACAGCGCCCUGAUCCUAUUCGACGAUGAGGUGUCCAUCACCGAGGACAAGCUCAAUGCUUUGAUAAAAGCGGCAGGUGUUACAGUGGAACCAUUUUGGCCAAGCCUGUUUGCAAAGGCCUUGAGCAACGUGAACAUUGGGAACCUGAUCUGUAACAUUGGGGCUGGAGGCCCCUUACCUAUGGCUUCCACAUCUGGUGGGACAACAGCUUCUGGUGCCACUGCUGUAGUUACUGAUGCUGAAGAGAAGAAAACUGAGGUUAAAGAGGAAACCGACGAGUCUGAUGAAGAUAUGGGUUUCGGGCUGUUCGAUGAUUAGCCUGUGUAGUCCUCCUUGCGUAAAUAUUUAUUGAAGAACUUCUUAUAAAAAGCAAGAAUAGCAACAAAACUCCAUGCCAAAAACGGAGCUCACAAAAUGGAUGGAAAAGGUGAAGGGAGACACAUUUAGUCAUUUCUUUGAUAAAAUUAAUGCUUCAACUAACCAGGUACCUUUUGUAUAAGGCCCUCCCAAGUUCCAUCUGACACCCAUCCUAAAUUUGUGGAGACCCUGCCCUGGUAAACCUGAGCUUGCUCCCUGCAGCCGUCACGCCAGGCGCCAACACUGGCCCAAGUCAGAUUUAGCUGAGAUUUGGGAGUUGGAACCUUCCUGUUGCAGCUCUUGCAGGACUGAUCUGCUGUCACGUGCAAGCUCUGACAUCAGCUCCCUCAAAACCAGUGAAAAUAACUUCUCUCCCCCAUCGCACACUGCCCCUGCAUUUUGAAAUAAUGCUAGAGACGGAGGCACUGGGGAUUUUAGAUUGAGAGAGGGGUUGAGGGGGAAAGUGAAGACAGUAUAUACUACAACUUACCCCCUCCACUGUCACCACUCAAAAUGCACUAUUCCAGAGUAGGAGAAUCUGGGGCAGUAUAAGCUGCACCAUUUUAUUGUGAAUUCCACUUCUUGAGCUUAUAUAUAGUUUUAUUUUUCAUAAGAGCUUGAAUUAAUUUAUAAGAUAAUAUAAUGUAAGAUGUCCUCAUGUCUGUCCAUUUGAAAAUGUUGCACUGAGAAUGCCUGUUUUAUGCAUCAUCUUGAACCAUAUCCUUGCACCUAUCUCAUAAGGAGGUGAGGGAAACUCGACUUGUUGUGAUGGAGAGGUGGAAUUUUGCAUUCUUUUGUUGUAUGUUGCACUCACUGACUUAAAAUCACUGUGGUUUACUGUUUAUUUCUGAAAUGACAUUGUUGCCUGCUGAAGCAUCUCGUGGGGGGUUCUGCCAGACUUUACAAAGAUCUAAUACAAACCAUCUCUUCCUAACACCCCUUCCGAAUGUUGCUGCACUUUAUUUCUACACUCCCAUCCACUUCAGGAGUUGAAAACUAACAAUGCUGGAAGUCACAGUGGCUCAGGCAGCAUCAGUGGAGAGAGAGCAAGCUAACAUUUUGAGUCUGGACGACUCUUCAUCAUUAGCUUGCCUUCUCUCUACAUGGAUGCUGCCUAACCCGCUGUGAUCUCCAGCAUUUUUCUGUUUUCAGUACAGCUUUCAGCAUAGAACAUAGAACAUUGCAGCAAAGUACAGGCCCUUCGGCCCUCGAUGUUGUGCCGACCUGUCAUACCGAUCUGAAGCCCAUCUAACCUACUCUAUUCCAUGUACGUCCAUAUGCUUAUCCAAUGAUGACUUAAAUGUACCUAAAGUUGGUGAAUCUACUACCGUUGCAGGCAAAGCGUUCCAUUCCUUUACUACUCUCUGAGUAAAGAAACUACCUCUGACAUCUGCCCUAUAUCUUUCACUCCUCAAUUUAAAGCUAUAAAGCAUCAGUAAUAAUUUGUUCCAACAUUCCAGGAGUUGAACGCUUUCAAAUAUAGCUUUAAGAAAUAGUAAGUAUGUCUCCUUUAAAGGGCAAAAAUUGUUUUGUUUUGAAAAUCAGGAACUAAUAAUUCAAUGCAGUGGCUAAAGACAUUAUUGUGAUAUUUUUGACUGUGCUUGUGGUAUCCUGAAUGUAAGAAAUUAUAUCCAGAUAAAGAGGUCGUGGCUGAAAAUGUGUGCAAUCCUGUACUACAACUGUGUGUGGAAAUACAAAAGUUGCAAUAAUUUUAAAUGUAUCUUGCUUUUAGUCUUAGUAAAAAGAUAAUUCAAUAA